AACAAACCAUGGCUACCUCCUCGUCGGCGCUCAUUCUCCUGCUGGCUGUGUCAUUCGCCGCCGGCGCCAGCACGACGUCCUUCAGCAUCACCAACCACUUCACCGUGUGGCCGGUGGCGAGGCCGGUGGGCGGCGGUAGGAAGCUCAACAGCGGCGAGAUGUGGAACCUUGACAUCCCGGCGGGCACCCGCACGGCCACCAUCUGGGGCCGCACGGCACUAGCUUUUCCUACUAGUGCGGGCUGCAGCUUCAACGGAAACUCCGGCCGCUGCGCAACCGCCGACUGUGCCGGCGCGUUGUUCUGCACCCUGUCUGGACAGCCUCCGCUGACGCUGGCAGAGUUCACCCUCGGCGGCGAGUUUGAUUCUUAUGAUAUCUCCGUGAUCGACGGGUUCAACAUCGGUGUGACACCCCGGAACCGCGGCAAGGACCGCGGGUUGGUACUGGAAAAGACGCAGGGGCCAAAGCGCAAAAAGAUCAGAUCUGGAUCUGGGAGAGUGAUUUCUCACCGGGAGAACAUCCAGCCACGGUCGAUGAUGGGUGGGACCCAGCGUGUAGACGUGGACGAUGACGUGGCAAACCUUCCGUGCGCACGAACGCAAGGUGCUCGACACCGGUUUGCCGUGCGCGUUCCAGGGAGGCAUGGUCACCGCGGCUCGGUGACGAAGGAAGUGGCGUUGCAGGGCCUCCCCGGAGGCGUGCGGGUGUGCGCCGGUUGGGCCUCGCCGGCGCGGGUCAGGAGGAGGCGGAUCCGUUGA